AUGGAGAGAUUCCUUCAUCGCGGACGGGAUGGGCGGAUCCUGGACGUGGACGAAUUUCAGGUGGCCAAAGCUCUGCUGGCGGGCGAAACGGAGCUCCUAAGCCAGGAAGUGGAUUCCGAGGAACACCUCUUCGACUUGUGCUGUCGCUUCGGCCACGAAAGCACGGCUGCAGCCAUGAUUUCAUACAGAGUGCCAGGGUGCGUCUUCAAGGGUUCCCACAGGUUGCGGCCUCCUGCUGUUGAACCUCCUGAACCACAAGCAGUCCUCGAACAUUACUGGGAUGUGUGCGAGUGCGAGUGCGAGGACUGGAAUACUUGCGGAAGUUGCAGCUGGGGUAGUUCAGAUGAACAGGGGGGCCUUUGGAUGGAGAAUUGGAAUGCAAGUCUCCAGGAUGCCAAGAACGCGGCAGAAAGCGCCGCUGCGAUGCCGUUGGUUUGCGCCUUGCUGGAGGCCUUCGGCUCCCAGGUGGCUUCUCAACGAAUCGCCACGGAUGAAGCCAUCGCCUACCUCCUCGACGUUGCCAUCCUCAUUGGUGAUGCCGAGCUCGCCAGAUCCUGUGCCAAGCACUGCACCCGCUUCCCGCUGAGGCGCUGGAGAUUCCAAGAGUUUGUGAGGAUCGUGGACGAUGACUUCCCGUGUUUUCGAGCAGAGAUUCUGGAGAAAGACGUCCUGAUUGCGGCUUUGGCCGCCGGCCUGGAGCUCAAGCAGCUGACGAACAGUUCCCACGGCGAUCCCGUUUCGCUUGCGGAAGCCGUGGUGCUUUCCGGAGACGCGGAGCUCUGGCAGCGAGUCGAAGGCCUUCAGCUGCAGCUCGGGCCCUGGCGAAAGCAUGGAUACGCAAACGACAUGGCCGAUUUUCUCCUCGAAAAUUCCGGCGACCAUCUCAGGAUGAGCCCGGAGCGCCUGCAUCGGGCCGAGAGGGCGGGGCUCGCUUUGAGCACGUUUCGGGCGCAGGUUGUCUUCCGCUGCCAGAGAUGUGGCGACAUCUGGUAUUACUUCUCAUUGCUGGACUUGGCGAUCCUCCUUGGUCAAAGCGACUGCGCCCGACUCUGCGGGGCGAUGGACAUCGUGGCGACACAGAAGACACUGAAGGCGAGCCUUGAAGCGAUGCCGCGGGUGUGCAAAAUCUGUCGUUCUACCUCGUGGCGAAUUCCCGAUGAGUGGGCCAUGAGCUUCGCAUCGCUCCCGGAGCGCAGGGCUGCAGCAGCCGAGGCGCUUCACACGGCGCUGCAGGCAUCCCGCCGAAAGACUGCAAGCUCUGCAGGCUUCGGGCUGUUCCAGUCCAUGAGCAAAUGGGCCCGUGGGAAGCGUGUGCCAAGAACGUUGGUGAAGUUGGUGCUGAGUUUUGCGGCAGAGCGACCAUCGCUUCUGCAGGCCCUCGAGGGGCGUGAGGCUGAGCUUCCUUUCCUGAACUACUGGUGGGAAGAGUCGAUGCACAGAGAGGGCGCAGAUUCUCAGAGCCCCCAGCCGGAUGCCGCGUCACAGGUGCAGGCUGAGAGUUUGGGUGUCACAGAAAGGCCGCCUGCGGGCGCCGCUGGCUCUUCUAGCAACGACGUGCAGGCACAGCCUGACAGCACAAGCGAGAAGGAAAGCGGCUCCGACCAGGACACCACAAACGAUCUCCUCACGGCCCUCCGCAACAGCAAGAGCGACAUGCCACCCCUCAGCCCGGAAGGUGCAGUGGUCUUCCGGCUCUCCCGGCAGAACAAUGCCCCACGCGUCAAUGGCAUCCUCCUCGAUGCCACGGGCCCACUGGCUGAGCUCCACCUUCGAGUGUUGGAAGCAGGUUGCGAGGUCGCACCGAAAUGGUCGCCGGUAAAGGCCUUGUUUAUUCCCGUGACGGAGCCGCAGAUGCACGAAUUGCUUCAUCCAGAGAGUGCCCACUACGAGCUGGGCAAGACGCACAUCUUGGCCCUCCUUUCGGACCGUGACCUCAUCGACGGAGCGCUGCGCCAGCUCCCGAAGAUCACGCGGCCGAAGCUCCGGAGAGACACUCCGAAGGAGGAUGCAGAAGGCGAUGCCGAAGCUGCGGAAGAAGAUGAAGAAGAUGAGCCCAUGAUCGUCCUGGAAGGAGGGCUCCGUACAGACUCCAGCGUGGGAUUCCCGCCGAAUCCGUGGCAGUCGGGGCAGUGA